CGCUAACAUUAGCUUUGUAGCUACAUUACUCAGCCUCCUCCGGAUAGUGACUGCCAACCAGAUGGAAGAUGUCUGGUGCAAAUAGAGUACAGAUUCGUUUGAACGGUUAUUGUUUAUGUCAACAAAUGCCUUUUGUAUGAAGUUAUCAUGGUCUGCUUGAGCCCAGCAUAUUCAACAACCGAGCUGGCUGCUGUCAUCAUAACCAAACAACUUGUCUACACUCACAUAUGACACCCUUCGCUUUGGAGAGUUUGAAGAGUUUCCUGAGACGCCGGAGCCAGUGUGGAUUCUAGGAAAGCAGUUCAGUGCACUCACAGAGAAGGAUGAGCUUCUUUCCGACAUUGCUUCACGUUUGUGGCUCACAUACAGAAAGAAUUUCCCCCCAAUUGGAGGAACAGGACCCACAUCUGACACAGGCUGGGGGUGCAUGCUGCGAUGUGGGCAGAUGAUCCUUGGUGAGGCCCUAGUUCGUCGACAUCUAGGCAGAGACUGGAGGUGGGUAAGAGGCCAACGACAGAGAGAAGAGUACAGCAGCAUUCUCAACGCCUUUAUUGACAAGAAGGACAGCUAUUACUCCAUCCAUCAGAUCGCCCAAAUGGGGGUGGGGGAGGGCAAGUCCAUUGGCCAGUGGUAUGGGCCAAACACAGUGGCACAGGUACUCAAGAAGCUUGCUGUGUUUGACUCAUGGAGCCGAAUGGCUGUGCACGUUGCCAUGGACAACACAGUGGUCAUUGAGGAAAUAAAGAAGCUAUGCAUGCCGUGGCUGGACUUUGACGGCGCGGGGUGCUCGGAGGGGGCGACGGCGGGUGCGGGUGCGGGGGCACGGCAGCUGAACGGCUGCUUAGGAGGGGCCUGCGCUCUGGCCGAGGAGGAGACGGCCCUCUGGAGGCCCCUGGUGCUGCUCAUCCCCCUGCGGCUGGGCCUCACCGACAUCAACGAGGCCUACAUCGAGACGCUAAAGCAAUGCUUCAUGUCGCCUCAGUCUCUGGGGGUGAUUGGAGGCAAGCCAAACAGCGCACACUACUUUAUUGGAUUUGUGGGUGAGGAGCUGAUCUACCUGGACCCCCACACCACCCAGCCUGCAGUGGAGCCCAGCGAGGACAGCCAGGUGCCCGACGACUCCUACCACUGCCAGCACCCACCCUGCCGCAUGCACAUCUGUGAACUUGACCCCUCCAUCGCCGCGGGUUUCUUCUGCAGAACAGAGGACGACUUUGAUGAUUGGUGUGCUCACAUUCGGAAGCUCUCCUGCUGUAAAGGAGGCCUGCCCAUGUUUGAACUUGUGGAUAGCCAGCCAUCUCAUCUCAUCAGCGCUGAUGUGCUCAAUCUCACUCCAGAUUUCUCGGACUCAGAUCGGCUUGAGAGGUUUUUUGACUCUGAGGACGAGGAGUUUGAGAUCCUGUCUUUGUGAAGGAGAGGAGCGGAACGUUGUCACACUCUUCACGCUGAACAGAAGGAUUCCGCUCUUCUUUGCUGUGAUCAAGGGAAGCCGGCCAACCAGCCAGCCAGACCGACCCUCACACCGGAUGAGCAGGAGGAAAAAUAAACCACUGGUGACGAAAGAGGCCAGUCUGCAGUGUCUUGUCCAGCAAAAAGUCCCACGCAUCCCCCCAAAAAGAAACACAGCUUCUCGUCUCGACAGCUCGUCCGUCUGCGUUCUCUCUCUCUGUGGCCCAUCUGGACUCUGGUGGCCAGAGUUUGCAGAGAGAGGCACAGCAGGGAGUAAUCGUGCAUACCAAGCUCGUUUGUUUUUCUUCAUGUUAUUUCUUUUGCAUCCAUUAUUAUUAUUGUUAAUAUUUUUUUUUAAGUCUUAACACUUUGAAUAAUUGUUUUAAAGUGAUACAGGUGCCUUUCCCCUCCCUGUCCCCGUCUGCUCAUCAGCAGCCAGUGCUUCAUUGCCAUAACACAACUUGAGGUGUUUUGUCAAUAACUUUAGUUAAACAAAAUUAAAACACCACCUG